UGAAGUGGGAUACCCUCCCCUCUCUUUCUUUAAAUGUUUUUAAGUGUGUGUAUAUGUGUGUGUCUGGAAGAUGGCCCGGCCGCAGAAUGGGAGCGGGAGUUCGGGAAGCGAAAUGUUGCGGAGCUCGAUACAAUGUAGCAGCCAUGGCGGACGGACCCAAAAGGCAGCCCAAACCUUCCACGGACGAGGGAUACUGGGACUGUAGCGUUUGUACGUUCAAGAACAGCGCAGAGGCUUUCAAAUGCAGUAUGUGUGAUGUCAGGAAGGGCACAUCAACACGACCGUGCUAUGGCAGGACAGCAAAACAAUCAGGAUGUCAUAGGGGGACCAAAACUGCUCUCAGUAUUUCAGAUUUGGUGUCUCAUGUGCAGUUACGCCCGUCCCAAGGAAAGCCACCGGUCAGCAUCACCACUUCGAAAAGCCACCCAGGACGACCUACAAGAUCCAACCCAAGCAGCAUAAAGCUGCAGCAGCUGUGGCUGUUGGAGUUGAUGUUGAGGAGAGAAGGAUUAGGUGGGACAACUUCAAACAUACACAGAGGUGAAGGCAGCCUCACUAUAUGGAAGCCACGCCCAGUGUCUCAGUUGGUGGCACAGCAAGUAACCCAACAAUUUGCAUCACCCACACAACCAAAGAAAGAGAAAAAAGACAAGGGAGAGAAGGAAAAAAAUGAGAAAGAAACUGUCAGUAAAAAGAACAGUCACAAGAAAACAAGGCCGAGGUUAAAAAAUGUGGAUCGAAGCAGUGCACAGCACUUGGAAGUGACUGUGGGUGACCUGACAGUCAUUAUUACAGACUUUAAGGAGAAAGCACGGUCAGCCCCAGCAGCCACUGCUACCUCGAGUACCACUGCUGACCAGCACAGCCUGAGCAGCUCCAGCUCUGACAACACAGAAAAAGGUUUGUCUCAAUCAUCGUCACCCAGAGGGGAAGGAUCAGUAAAUGGUGAAUCCCACUAAAGUACCAGCUGACCUACUUCCAUUUACUCACUCCUUGCUCAAUGGACAACAUCUCAACAACUUCAGUCCUCGGCAUUCGGUGUUAACACUGGCAAAUUGGGCUGCCUUCUUCAGUUUUGGUUUCAAUGCUUUCUAAUACUUGCGUACCAACCUGGAACUCCUGCACUGUGGCAUGUUUUUGAGUGUAAUUUUCUAUAACUUAGAUUGGACUGCCUAAGUAAUGUGUUCGAGAACUGAAUUGUGAAGCAGCUGGCUUUAAUAUUCAGUGCUAUCUUCGGUCAAUUUUCAAUCGACUGCUGCCGUAACAAAACAAUUUCUGAAAAUUGUUUGCCUAGUUAAGUGCACCUGCUGGUACUUGGUGUGGUUAAAUAGGAAAAGCAUUCUCAAGCAUUUGUAUAAAUUCUUGCCAACGUUUUUUCAACACUUGUUAUUUGGAUGGGAAGAAAACACUUAGCCAUUAAAAUUGUGGCAUUACCAAUGUCCACUGUCAUUCAUUUCAGUAAGUUACAGUUUUAAUAUGUAGUUUUGGGCUAAUUGACCAGGUUUGACUGAGGAUACAGUCCAUGCUACUUAACUGCAGCCACUCGGGUAAAGGAAUUGAGUUGCUGUAAUAUAUAUAAAAAGGAGGGUCUUUUUGUACCCUUGUCUAAUUGGGUAGGGAACGCAGAAGAGUUGCUUGCGUGACUUGUAGUUCAUGCAUGUCCUCUCAGCUGAGCACUCCCUGCAAGAAAGGAGGAAACGCUAAUAAUUAGAUACUUAGUAUUGUCUAAAAGUAGUUUUAAUGGUAUGUGUGGGAAUAGUUUAUGAUGUUGCCAGUUCUGGAAACUUCAAUUAAGGUGUUUUGCUGAUGUUUUGAAUUUGCGACAGUAUUUAUACGUAUUGUUGUCAUAAAUAAGUUAUGCAAGAACACAUUCUAUCUUUGAAGUUCUCUUACUUCUCUACCCUGGUUUUUAAAUAGCCUUCUGUUUGUGUUGUCACUGGCAAAAAUAAUUUUUUUGUGCUGAAUCGCUGCAAAGGCGGUUGGCAGGUGAACAAAAGCAUUUGUUGAAAUGUGUGGUCUGACAUUGAAUUGGUACUAGAUAUGUUUCUGUCCCCCCCCCUUUUAUUUCUCCAUCUCAUGUUUUCCAAGCAAUACAAGAAAAAUACCUCACAGGAAUGAAAUAAAUUUUUAGAGAAAAAAUGUUACAACUAAAAAAUAAAUAGAAACUUAAACAGAUCGGAAGUUAUUUAUUACCAGCAGGCAAAACACCUUUUUUUAGAAAAAUAUAAAGUAAAUGGUAACAAAAUUAGUGGGUGAUAUGGGGAGGGCCUAGCAACUGUGUAUGGUGUCAGAUAAUGUUCCAAUGUAACAUGCAAUAAGUGGCAUAGACUGUAUUUUCAGAUGUAGGUAUUUGAUACUAAUACCUGUAUUCAGUGAUUAUAGAUUGUUUUACAUGAGAUUUUUAUAUCCUUUAAAGAAAACUCUUGGUGUUCAUGCUGAUUUGUGUAGUGUUUGGUAUAUAUUUGAUUUCUAUCAGAAAAAAAAACAACUCACAAUUAAAAGUUAUUUGAAUUAUAAA